AUGUCUGAUAAACCAUUACUUCAGACUCUCUCAAGAGCUAUUAUAACCCAGAGUGGAAUACAGCUAUCGGGUAAUUGGCAUGAAUCAAAUUACCACCCUCUUUUUUGUUGCAGUGGCUCCAGUUCAGACAGUUCAAUACAUCGUACGAUUCCUUAUCAUGACAUUCUAUUCGCCGAAGAGCUUGAUUCUUCAGCAUCUGAUGGCGACUUUGGUACCAGGGAAAUUGAACUGACAUAUGUCGCAAGAAACAACAAAAUAGAUUUAAAAAAAGAGAUAGUCAUCGUUACUGAUUACGAACCCAACCUUAGUCAAACCAUCCUACAGAAAGCAUAUGGUCAGACUGACCGAACGCAUCCACAGAGAAUACUUGUCUUAAUAAAUCCGCAUGGAGGUAAGGGAAAGGCGUUGCGAUUAUUUGAAGACAAAGCUGAACCAAUUCUGAACGCAGCACAAUGCGAAUAUGAAGUGUGUACAACGUUGAAGCACCAACAUGCUACAGAGCUGAUCAGAACGAGGAAGGACAUUUUAGAUUUUGACACUAUUGUCUGCGCUUCUGGAGAUGGAAUACCGCAUGAAGUUAUAAACGGACUCUACCAAAGGGAUGACCGUGCAGAAUGUUUUGAGCACUUGACGGUCACUCAAAUUCCCUGCGGAUCAGGAAAUGCCAUGUCCUUGAGUUGUUUGGACACAAACGAUCCCGCAGAAGCAGCUUUAAGCGUCCUGAAAGCACCAAGCGUUCGUAUAGAUUUGAUGGCCAUAACCCAGCCUUCUCAAUCUGUGAGGCUUUCGUUUUUGAGUCUCACUUAUGGGAUGAUUGCAGACGGAGAUAUUGGAACCGAAUGGCUGAGGUUUUUGGGUCCAUUUCGAUUCGAAGUCGGUAUAGUGACGAAGUUGUUACAAAAUGCCAAGUAUCCAUGUGAUCUGAGUGUGGAUUUCUGUGCUAAAGAUCAUCAGUUGUUAUCUCAACACUAUUGUGACAACAUUAAAUCAGAUUAUUCCAAAACGCAGCACCUUCCAAUUACAGAUCAGAGUUUUGAACUCAAGAGCCCUUCACUCGAGAAUCCUCCACCCACGGACUGGGAACGUUUAGACAGUCAAAUUACCGACAACCUAUCGAUAUUUUACGUUGGUAAAAUGCCUAUAGUUUCAGCUGACACAAAUUUCUUUCCAGCAGCUAUUCCAGAUGACGGAUGCAUGGAUUUAGUAAUAACCGACAAUCGCUCAAGUGUUUUAGAUACUGCGAAUCUGCUACUCCAAGUCGAUAAAGGUACACAUGUUCUUCAGAAGGAUGUGAUACAUUCAAAGGUAAAGGCUUUCCGUCUUACGCCAAGGAUACCCAAGGGAUAUAUAUCCGUAGAUGGGGAGAGCUUUCCCUUUGAAACUACUCAGGUGGAAGUUCUUCCAACACUACUUAAAACAGUCAUGAAAGAGGGAACAUACGCAGAAACAGGGUUUCCAAGUUACUCGUGA